AUGGCAAACAAACAAGAUGGUCUAUUGAAACAGAAAGAACAAUUUAUCGAUAUGUUGUUGAACGAAGGAAGGAGAUAUUUAAUUACAUUGGAAAAAUUUCGUAAGAAAGCCAAAGACCAUUUGUCUGAAUACAAGAAGAUAUUACAUGCUAUUGAUCGUUACACGCGAUAUAAAGCACAAUUGAUGGAAGACAUGGAGGUAUUGAAAGAAAUUUUGAAUGACACGGAUAAUGACGUAGAAGAUGACGAGGGAACAGUGGAAUCGGAUGAAGCGGAAUACAUGCAGAUAGAAUUGGAAGAAUUCGUAAACGAGGAGGAGGAAGAUUUCGUCUUCGAAGAACAAUUCUGUCACUCCCACAAUAUAGUACAUCGAAAGAAUAUUUUGGCGAAUAUGGAGCUGUUAAUAUCGCAGAUGUUCAAAAUGGAUAUAAACGUGGUGAAUUUUCAACGGGCGAUGUAUACGAAGUUCAUGAAUGUUCUUAAAGAAUAUUGCGUGACAGUACAAAUGUUUCUAAACUCUAAUGCGGUUUUCGCGGAGUCUCAGAAUGUUAAUCUCGAGAAGAAACAGUUAAUUAAGAAUAUUGAGACUAAAUACAAGGAACUCCAGCAGCUUUUUGUUAAAGUUACUGAGGUAUAG